AUGCCAGCUGGGCCGGACAAGUCCUUUAUGGUGCGCUUGAAGGUGUUUCCUUGGGGCACGAACAACUCUGGCGAUCACUGCCCUUACUUGGGUGCCUUCCUGGAAAUGCUGCCUCCGCAGCAUGCGGAUGUAGACUGGUCUUGCGAAGAGAUCACCUUCUCAAUCAAGCUACAGCAUCAUGACGGCAAUCAGUUGCAUACUGUGCACAAGGAAGACACCCACACCUUCAGUGGGCUGGCCAUCGAUCGGGGGUGGCGCAGAUUUCUUCCCUGGUCGAGCAUCAGCGAGCAGAAUGAGAUUCGAGUGGAGGGUGAAGCUUGUCUGCCGGUUCCAAAGGUCCCAGUGCAUUCAAUACACUCACUAGACUUGACGCAGGAGCCUGCCUUUGUAAAGUUCCUGUUGCCUGAUUCCCCGCCCAUCUAUUGCGACAAGCGCUUGCUCACCGCGCGUUCGGAGUAUUUUGCCGAGAUGUUUUCCUCGCAAUCAACGUGGAAAGAGGCGCGCAUCAACGAAGUCGACAUGAGAUCCGAUCCAGAGGCCAAAGUCCGUUCCAUCAGCGCCAUCUACUUCUUUCUUGUGUCAGACACGUUUCAUGCGCAAGACGACAUGCAGCACGCGCUGUCCGUGCGGCGCCUGGCUGACCGCUUUUGCCUCACCUCACUCGUCGACAAGGUCGACUGCGAACUGCGGAACAUGCUCUGCACUGAGAAUGCCCUCGACAUGCUGUCGCAGGUCGCUGGGACUGGAGGCGUAUUGGAGCAAGCAUGCCAUGCACUGAUCAAGGCGAACAACUUUGAGCUGUUGGAGAAGAAGCUGGAGCAGCUCGACAUCAUCGCCCAGAGCAACCCCAUCCUUGUGAGGCAGCUCUUUCGGCUCUUUGUGGCAGCGAGGAAGGAGACGCCGCGGCACUAA